CAGUGAAGCAGGGGAAUGGGCUGAGCUUCAGUUACCCACUGUACUGUAUCUGACACAGACAUGCACUGUCAACGUUAGCUGCGGUGUAUUCGUUUACGUGGACCAGGCAGUGUAGACGUAGUGUUUGUUUCUAACGUCGCAGCAUCUGAAUAAAUUCGAACAAAUGAUGCGCUUCAUGCUGCUUUUCAGCCGACAGGGGAAGCUGCGGCUGCAGAAGUGGUACACAGCCACAGCUGAGCGCGACAAGAAGAAGAUGGUCAGGGAGCUGAUGCAGAUAGUGCUUGCCCGCAAACCAAAGAUGUGCAGCUUCCUAGAAUGGAGGGACCUCAAGAUCGUCUAUAAAAGGUACGCCAGCCUGUAUUUCUGUUGUGCGAUUGAAGAGCAGGACAAUGAGCUCAUCACACUGGAAGUCAUCCACCGCUUCGUAGAGCUGCUGGAUAAGUACUUUGGCAGCGUGUGUGAGCUGGACAUCAUCUUCAACUUUGAGAAGGCCUACUUCAUUCUAGAUGAGUUCCUGAUGGGAGGAGAGAUACAGGACACAUCUAAGAAGAGCGUUCUCAAAGCCAUUGAACAAGCUGACCUACUGCAGGAGGAGGACGAGUCACCCAGGAGCGUGCUGGAGGAGAUGGGCUUGGCGUAGUACACAGCAAGGUUGUGAAAGACUAUAGAUACUAAGGCAGAGGGCUGGAUGAGAGGGGGCGGGGCACAAUCUGGGAUUGGACAUUCUCGGACUGACAGCAUUGGUUCUGUGUAUCUGUGGCUCUUGGGGCUGAUGUGCAGUGUGUAACUGGGGAAGCAACUCAGUUAAGAAUGGAAGAUCCUUGCAUUGACAGGCCCUUUAGCUCUGUGUGUGUGUGUAUAUGUGUGUGUGUGUGUGUGUGUGUGUGUGUGUGUGUGAUCUGAGAGUGGGGUAGAAGACAUGGUAUACAUUUAAACGUGUGUGGCAGCAGGGGCUUAUCAGAGAGUUAAAAUAAGAAUCCACAGUGGACGCUGACGUCACAGUGAGGCAGCUUGGCAGUUUGACUGAUGCUGUGGUUGAACAGUCACACCUUGUCUUGGAGGUUUGUCAGGUACUGAAUGUGGACUGAGACUAGGUCAGGGAUUUGGGUUUAUAGAUUGGGGGCAUCAUUCAAAUGAUAAGUCUGAUGUUAUUUUACAUUUUUUUGUAUUUUAGACAAUUCUCAUAAAGACCAAAACCAACAACGUGUUCUCAGUGCUCAAUACUUUAAGUUUUUCCCACUUUGCCUUGACACUCAUCUCCAAGCCCAUUGGUUCCUACUGAAGAUAUAAAUAUUUCAAAACAGCUUUGUUGGUUUUGAUCUGUACAUGAGAUUUGGUGAUAAUCAGAAAAAUAUAGAAUAUCACCAGUACUUCAAAGGUCUAGUCUGUAGGAUUUAGAGGCAUCUAGUGGUCUAGGUUGCAGAACUGAAACUUCUUCUAUGUGCCAAGUAUGUAGGAGAACUACAGUGGCCAAAACAAAAAUGCAAAAGGCCCUGUUUGGAGCCAGUGUUUGGUUUGUCUGUUCUGGGAUAACUGUUGAAACAACAUGGCGGACUCCACAGAAGAGGACCCGCUCUGUGUUUACGAACGAAAACACAAUGAUUCUUAGUUUCAGGUGAUUAUACUCUAAUAAAAACACAGUUAUAUUUAUUAUAUAGCAUUUCUUCCAAUAGAUGUCCCUAAAUCCUCUACACUGGAUCUUUUUAAGUAAAAUUCUGUAUUUAUAUAAUCCUGUUUCCUAUGGUUAUGUAAGUGAUAACAUGAAACAAGGAAAAUAACACACAAUGUGCUGGUGAAAAACACAGAAUUUUUCUUUGUCAGUUAUUUUCUUUCUUUUUUUUUUUGUAGUUUUAGUUGUGUAGUGUGAAGGGUCAUUUUGUUUAACUGCAACUUAGGUCUUAUUUUUAUAGAUUUGUCCAUCAUUCCUACCAGUUACAUUGUCAUAACCAAAAGGACUGAAGGCUGUAACUACCACAGAGGACAGCAGCGAGUUCUCAUCCCAACUUGUCAAAUACUGCCGCUUUGUCAGUGGACCUAAACGUCAAAAUAUGACAUACUAGGUAGCCACCUGCAUCCGUUUUGGACAGUAUAGGACGGCGUAAGACGUUGUUCGUUACAUACGGUCUUUUUCAAAAUAAACUUAGGCUGUACAUAAAACACCUCAUUUUUAGGUUUGUUUUCUUAAGGUUAUGCAACAAAAGCACCAGGUUAGGUUUAGAAAAAAACAUCAUCAUUUGGCUUGAAAUAAGCACAGUUGUUAUUAAUAUCACGUAUCAUCACCUGACAUGCAUCAUGUGACAUAAAUCACUACCAUAGCAUGCUACACAUACUACAGGGUUUCCAAGGUCAUGAAAUUCCUGGAAAAGUAAUGAAAUUACAAAAACCUUUCCAGGCCUCGAAAUUUUAUAUCUAUAGGAUCUUAUAUGGCUGUAUCACUAAUUAGGUCUACCUAAAUUAAACUACUUAAAUACAGUCAUGAAAAUGGAGUGAAAUACUAACUGUUCUGAUAUAGGCUUCACACAGGUAACAAACAGUGGGCUUCUGGGUAAAAGUCAGGACUUUGUUUGACCCAUCUUCCACCACUCCUUAACAGACUUUUAUGUUCUGUAUAGUAUGGUAGAUGCCAGCGGCAUCGGAAAUAACAAAAGGUACCUUUGCGGAUAGGUGUCUGACAUAAAUGUCCACUGACAAAGCGACACUAUUUGACAAGUUUGGUUAUUGCCCACUUCGUCAACAACUGCACAACCUGAUGCAUAUCAUACGGCCGCAAAGGUGCCCCUGUGUGUCAGUAUCUGACGCCGAGAUCAUUGAGUGGCUUAUUUGACGAACUGGGAGUGAGAACGGGCUGAGGACAGAGGCUAUGAUAAAGCAGAAUUGUUUUCUGGGUCCGCUCUCCAGAUGUUUGAAUACAACUUAAUCCUGAGGUGUUGUCAAAAACAUCUGUCAGUAUAUUAUUACAAUUAUUUGAACUACACUUGAUGUUUUAAACAGAUCUUUAAACUUUUCUCAUAAAGGUAGAGUAGUACUGUUCUGAAUUCAUUGCUAUAUCUGUGAUUGGCCCAUCUUACCUAACAUGCCGGGCCCAGGGUGUGGAUUGUGAAUAAUGAACCAAAGACAUUUGAGAUUUGCAUCACGGCCUAAAAUAACUUGUUUACAUAUGAGCCAUGCAUAUGUACCAUAAGUGGACUGAUGUACCAGACAAGAUGGAAAUGUCAAGUCUGUCUUAUGCAAUUUAUCAAAGUGCAACUGCGAAUCACAUCCCACUUAGUUUUCCUACAGACAGCAAGAAGCAACCACUGAGAUUGAAUGACAAGGAAAACUUUAGUGCUGAGUUGUUCUGUUGGGACUACUAACUGGUACUACAUGUUAGGACUGGGUUGAAAUUCCAAGGCAAUUAGAAUAAAGUGAAUUUUAGACAAGUAUAUCUAAUGGUCGAAUACAUAUUUUUACAGUGUUUUAUCUUUUAUUUUUGAACAGCUAAGUUUCCAGAAUAAAUGUUGGCAUGUAUGUUUCUGCAAAACAUGAAUAUGUAAUAUUUGUAUGUUUCAUAUUUUGUGGAUAUCUUAAAACUUUGUUUAUUUACAAUUUAACAACACUGUGCUUAAUGUGUGGUUACAUUUAGGCACAAAAACCACUUGGUUAUGGUUAGGAAAAGACCACAUUCGGCUUAAAAUACCCAGUUUUGUUGCCACAACCACAGCUGGAAAUGCUGCAAUGUCUUGCUAAAAAACAGCUGGUUUUGUUCUUUGUUGCUCUCAAAAAGGGAUCUGCUGUUUAACAGCUGUCUCGCCACCAUCCACCAUUCCCUCCACCUCCCAAUGACAUAGUCCGCUCAUAUACAUGUAAUCAACUAUGUCGCUGGAGCAAUGUUGAUGUGCAACAUAUGAAACAUAGAAAUGUUGAGUAGCUGUGGUUUGCAGAAACAUACAAAACCAACAUUUUCCUCUGGGGGCUGGGCUGUUUUGAAUGUGUGGUUGUUACUGAUUUUGUCUUAUGUCUAAUUUUGAUGUCUGUAUGAAAUUCCGGAUGAGAAGCAGCUCUUAGGGUAAUGGAAGUCAGUAAAGUAAAAGAGCUCCUAUAAGUGGAGUUUGAGUUCAAGUUAGUUAAACUUUCAUUUAAUUUAGGCAAAGUAAAUAGUAUGUCUGCAAUCAGUUUUGAGGGUAUUCUUGUGGGGUGUAACAGUUCAUCAGGGUCAUGGCGGGUUCAUACCUCAGGUUUUAGGAGAGUUUGUUGUCUAGUGUUUAAAACAGAGAGCCUACACUCUUUGAAAUAAAGGUUCCAAAAGGAUUCUUCCUGAAGAGCUGACCAUUUUCAUCUGAAGAACCCAUUUUAUGAAGGGGUUCUUCAAGGGUUCAUUUAAAACUGAGGGUUCCAUUCAGAAUUUUUUUCAUCCACCAAACGGGUUUGUUGAGCAUUCUUAAUAAGACUGAGGGUUUCAUUAAGAACAUUUUUCGGGGCGUCGGUGGCUUAGUGGUAGAGCAGGCGCCUCAUGUACAAGGCUGUUGCCGCAGCGGCCCGGGUUUGAGUCCAGCCUGUGGCCCUUUGCUGCAUGUCAUCCCCUCUCUCUCACCCCCUUUCACACUUAACUGUCCUGUCCAUUAAAGGCAAAAAUGCCCAAAAAAUAUCUUUUUCAUCCAAAGAACCUUUUUUGAAGGAGGGGUUCUUUGUAAGAAGGAUUCCAAUAAGAAUCCUUUGCAUCCAAAGAACUCUUUGUUUGAGGAAAGGGUUCUUAAAGUGUUCUUUGUAAAAAAAAAAAUUAAAAAAAAGAGUUCUUCAAGGAUUGUUGAAAGCAUGGGUGUUAAGAUCCUUACCCUUGAUUAUUUGUUAUAUAAUGUUAACCCAUGUUUUUAAAUAGUAUGUUUAAAUGUAGAUGUAUCAGGAAUCCCUUCAGUUAAUUAUUUUUACUUGUGUUCUGCCAUAGUUGGCAUCUUUACCAUAAUUUUAUUUCAUUCAAAACCACAUGAUCUUCCUGAAUUUACAGGUACACAGUACUUAGCAUUUUGUAUUGGGUUGUACUUUGGAAUCAAGUUUCGGUUCCCAACUCUACUGCACUAUAUGAAAUUGUAAAGGCUGUAGAAGUUCACAAAAUCUCCACCCCCUAAAAACAGGAUUGUGAACCGUGAGUGUUGUGGGUUGUGCUGGACCAUGAAAAAGUACCAAUAGACAGCCGUCUCGCCACCAUCCACCAUUCCCUGCACCUCCCAAUGACAUAGUCAGCUCAAUGACAUGACAUUGUCAGCUCAUAUACAUAUAAUCAAUGUACACCACAAUCUUUGACAAUUUAGCCCUGGGUCUUGUUUAACACUGGGUUUUGGGACCCAUCCCUAUCCUCGAACCAUUGCGUUAAUAACACAUUCACUCCACUCUGUCUGGGGAGACAGUGCACAAAGCAGUGUCCCAGAGGACGCUCCAGUGCUCCAAGAGUGUGGUGCUCUGAAUAGCUGAACGGUACAUUCCAACAGCACUUCCCGCCCUCUGAAUUUAAGUUUUUUCACCCUGAGGGCAGAAAUGUGAGGCAUGUAGCGACGCAAAAACAGUGAGCAAAAAGCUUCAUUCUCAUUAAAAAUGGUUACAAAAAGCUUCCUCCAGCUGCUAAAAACACUUUCUGAGUGAUCAGGCCUUAGUUCAGAUUGGCCUGUAAUCAGACAAAUCAUCUAGUGUCAUUGAACAAAUAUAUAAACAUCUUGUGUUCAUGCUCAAACAGAGAGUUGGAGUUUGAUAGCAUUUCAUUGAAUCUGAAUCCCAAAUGGCUUCAAUCAUUGAAUCAAGCACCAUUUGUACCCAUCAGCUUUCAAUAUUUGUAACAGUAGAAAAUGAAAUAAUCUGUUAACCUCAAUGUUUCAGUCAUUUUAACUUGGAACUCGAUCGAAAACAGGCACAGUAAUCAGAACCCAGCUGAGUGUGUGAACUGUUACACCUCUGGUAUUUAGUUAGUGUGUGUACUGGUGUGGUCUUGUCAUGCUUUGCAUGACACACUCUCGUCAUAAAAAGCUGAGUCUGUCAGCUAUACUGUGAUUUCUUUGCAGUCACAUGUUGGGUUUGUACAAAAGCUCAUGAUUGGUCAUCAUAUAUAGUGAACCAGACUUUCCCCUGGAAAAACUGUACGUUGGACAAUAAAUUAUUAUCUAUGUUCACUCA